AUGGGCAACACGGUGCACAAGACGCUGGCAGGUACCGGAGGGACCGCGGGGCUGCGGGCGGGGGGGGGCGCGUCCCGCCCCGGGGAUGCUGCGGGCGAGCGGCGGCGGCUGUGCCGCCCUCCCGGUGCGAGGCUUCCCGGGAGAAACCGAGCGUGUCAGCAAUCCCGGGAGAAGCCGAGCGUGUCAGGAAUCCCCGGGAGAAGCCGAGCGUGUCAGCAAUCCCCGGAGAAGCCGGCCGUGUCAGGAAUUCUGUACGUGCGCUCGUUGUCGGGGAUGCUGGGCGCGGGUGAAGCGGGGCUGAUCCCGCAGCUGGAGCGGCGCUUCCCAGCCCUCGCACCGGCUCCUUGCGGGGGACUCUCUGACACGAACCACCAGCCCCGCUCGGUGCCCAGCCGGCCUUACUACAGCUUGCCCAACAGCAGCCAUGAGAGACGCUCGGUGCUGGCCGUCGCGGAGCCGCCGCGCUUCCACUCGCAGGCCAAGGGCAAGAACGUGCGGCUGGACGCGCACUCGCGCCGGGCCACGCGCAGGAACAGCUUCUGCAACGGCGUCACCUUCACCAACCGGCCCAUCCACCUGUACGAGAAGGUGCGCCUCAAGCUGGUGGCCGUGCACCACGGCUGGAGCGGGGCCCUGCGCUUCGGUUUCACCAUCCACGACCCCUCGCAGAUGAGCUCCGAGGAGAUACCAAAGUACGCGUGCCCCGACCUCGUCACCCGCCCCGGGUACUGGGCCAAGGCUCUGCCCGAGAGGUUUGCGGUCAGGGACAAUAUUUUGGCCUUCUGGGUGGACCGGCAUGGUAGAGUUUUCUACAGUAUUAAUGAUGAGGAGCCAAUCUUGUUUCACUGUGGCAUUAAAGUUUCUGGGCCUCUUUGGGCCCUCAUAGACGUCUAUGGAAUUACCCACGAAGUGCAAAUUCUAGACAGCAUGUUUGCAGAGACCAUGACCACUGCCCGGCUCAGCACCGCCCGGCUCAGCACCUGCCUUCCCCAGAGCAACCACGACUCGGCCAACUUCAACAACAACGAGCUCGAGAACAACCAAGUGGUGGCCAAAAUUGCAAACCUAAACCUAAGCCGGGUAGGAGGCCUUGGGACUGACAACCACAUCAUCCCCUGCUGCCCCAACCGGCGGCAGCACGCCCAGGGAGUCCCGGCGUUCCUGGACACCGACCUGCGCUUCCACCCCACGCGCGGUCCCGACAUCACCUUUUCCCAGGACAGGAUGGUGGCCUGCACCAACUGGCAGGAGAGCAAUAGGACUUUGGUGUUCUCUGACCGGCCUUUGCACAUCGGGGAGAGCCUCUUUGUGGAAGUAGGACACCUCGGGCUGCCGUACUACGGGGCCCUCUCGUUCGGCAUCACCUCCUGUGAUCCGAGCACUUUGCGGACAAACGAGCUCCCGGCGGAUCCGGAUUUUCUCCUGGACCGUAAGGAGUACUGGGUGGUUUAUCGGGCGUUCCCGGUCCUCAACAGCGGUGACAUCCUCAGCUUCAUGGUCCUGCCCAACGGAGAGGUGCACCACGGGGUCAACGGCACCAGCCGGGGCAUGCUCAUGUGUGUGGACACCUCGCAGUCCCUCUGGGUGUUUUUUACAAUCCACGGUGUGAUCAACCAGCUCAAAAUCCUGGGCACGGUGCAGUCCAGCCCAGGGACGGUGUCUCCCUCAGGAUCCCCCGGCGGCUCCCAGUACGACAGUGACUCGGACAUGGCCUUCAGCGUCAACAGAUCCUCAUCAGCCUCCGAGUCCUCACUGGUGACUGCCCCCAGCUCCCCUUUGAGCCCCCCCAUCUCUCCUGUCUUCUCCCCUCCGGAGCCAUCGAGCAGCAAGAACGGGGAGUGCACCGUGUGCUUCGACAGCGAGGUGGACACGGUGAUCUACACCUGCGGACACAUGUGCCUCUGCAACACCUGUGGUCUUAAGCUGAAGAAGCAGCUCAACGCCUGCUGCCCCAUCUGCAGAAGGGUCAUCAAAGAUGUGAUUAAAAUCUACCGCCCGUAG